UGGGGGCUAUAUAAAGGCAGGGAAACCUCAGCCAGCUCAAAAGAAAGUCUUGGAGCUGGUGGUGUUCUCCCUCCCUCCUGCCUUCACGUGAUUCAGCUUCCCCACGCCGGGAGCCAAGGACAAGCCUCGCUGUGCGGGAUGGCUGCCGGCGGCUGCCUCCUUCUCCUCCUUUUGCCCUCGCUGCUCACAGCUUCACACAGCCCUCCUGGCUGUAAAAUCCGGAUUACUUCCAAGGGGCUGGACCUGGGUAAGGGGACGUCCAGGAUCUCACAGUCUGGGAAGAGGGACGUUUGGCACCGUCCUGGGGUCUGUGCUUGUGUAGGGCUCUGCCUGCACUGCUCCACCAUGGGGUGGCCGGGAGGAGUGGGGGCUGUCAGGGGCGAUGCUCCCAGGAGGGCACGUCCUGACCCAGCCUCGUUUUUCCCUGCAGUGAAGCAGGAGGGGCUGCACUUUGUAGAGCAGGAGCUGCAGAACAUCACAGUGUCGGACCUGCAUGGGAAUGAGGGGCAGUUCCAGUACAACAUCAGCCAGGUCAAGGUGACAGACCUGCAGCUGGCCUUUUCAGAUCUGAGCUUCCAGCCACAGCAGCACCUUGUCUUCAACAUCAACAAUGCUUCCAUUAGCCUACGUUUCCGCAGGCAGCUGCUCUACUGGUUCUUCUACGACAUUGGGUCCAUCAAUGCCUCUGCGGAUGGUGUCCACAUCUACACAGUGCUGCAGUUGGCCAAGGAUGAGGCUGGGCGCCUCAAGAUCUCCAAUAUGACCUGCAACGCCUCCAUAGCGAGAAUGCACGCUGGCUUCUCCGGCACACUCAGGAAAGUUUAUGAGUUCCUGAGCACCUUUAUCGUCACAGGGAUGCGCUUCCUCCUCAGCCAGCAGGUACAGCUGAGCACAGAGAGGGGCUGUGGGAUGUUAGGGCUCAGCCCUUUGUGUGUGGGAGAGGGCAGAGUUGUAUCCCACCCAUCUGCUGGGCCUUGUCCUGCCUCUGCAGCUCCUCAUCCAGUCCUGGGAGUGAUUCCCCUCAGCCUGGCUCCUUGCCUUGCAGAUCUGCCCAUCCCUGGAGCAUGCCAGCCUGGUGCUGCUGAACUCUUUGCUGGACACAGUGCCUGGUAUGUGUUGCCCUGGGAAAGGGACUGGAUCCCAUUCACUGUCGGGCAGAUAGUGCUGGGCAUCAAGCUGCCAGGCAGCUCCAGGCUAAGCCACACCAGCACAUCUUCCUUGGCAGUGAGAAACUACGUGGAUGAGCAUAUUGGGAUUGACUACUCCCUCCUACGGGAUCCAUCCAUCACCACUGACACCCUUGAGCUCGACUUCAAGGGCAUGUUCUUCCCCCGCGUGAGAGAGGACCAGGAGCUGGAGAACCACGCGGUGGAGCCGGUGAUCAAAGAGACUGAACGCAUGGUCUAUGUUGCCUUCUCUGAGUACUUCUUCGACUCAGCCAUGCACUCAUACUUCCAGGCAGGAGUACUGACCAUAGAGCUCCAGGGGGAGAAGGUGCCCAAGGACCUGGAGGUUUUGCUGAGAGCCACAUUCUUUGGGACCAUCUUCAUGCUGAGCCCUUCGGUGGAUGCCCCACUGCGGCUGGUGCUGCAGGUCUCUGCUCCCCCCCGCUGCACCAUCAAACCCUCGGGGACCUCAGUUUCUGUCUCUGCUUUCCUGAACAUCUCACUGGUGCCCCCGGAUCGCCCACCUGUCCAGCUCUCCAGCAUGGCCAUGGAAACCAAGCUGAGUGCCAAGGUGUUUCUGCAAGGGAAGGCCUUGCGUGUGCAGCUGGACCUACGACGGUAUGGCUGGGGUCCCAUGGGGGCAUGGGGAGAGCCCCCUCCACACCGUACUCACAACUGCUUCCUUCUGUCCAGGUUUCGCAUAUAUUCCAAGCAGUCAGCGCUGGAGUCGCUUGCGCUGUUCUCACUGCAGGCCCCACUGAAGACCCUGCUGCAGCUGACCAUCAUGCCCAUCAUUAACGAGAGGACAAAGAAGGGAGUGCAGAUCCCACUGCCUGAAGGCAUGGACUUCACCAGGGAGGUGGUCACCAAUCAUGCGGUAUGUGGUGCGAUAGGCACAGCCUGUGCCUCCAUGUCCUGCUGGGGAGGGCACUGUCACCUCCAGCCUUGCACUGACCCCUCUUCCCUCUGCAGGGAUUCCUCACAGUGGGAGCUGAUCUCCACUUCUCCAAGGGGCUGCGGGAGGUGAUUGAGAAAUACCGCCCAGUGCCAACCACUGCUGCCUACUCCAGCUCCCGGCCCGCAGAGCCCAGCCUGGACCCCAGCUCGCUCUAGCUCUCCUCCCUGGACCAAGGGCAGAUCCCGGGCUGGACCCGUAGACUGUAGGUAGGAAGCAGCUUCCCUGGUACCACCAGCACAUUGUCAGGGCGUCCAGGCCCUGGUUGGGCGCAGCAAGGUGGAGAGGGUGCUCUGGGAAUCCCUGCUGCAGCCCUGCUCAUUACACUAAUAAACCACCUGACUCCAACCACA